AUGGAAAACGACAACAAUUCUGAUAUGACAGAAGGAAGUGGAGUCACGAAUCAAGAUUCUCUCAGUCUUUCGCUUGAAGCUCUUCAAGCGACAUCAGACUUGAACAAAUCAACCAUGGAAGAUGAGGGAAGCACAUCGGUUUUGAGUGUUCUGAAAUUGGUAAAUUCAAUGUCCUUCAAUCCUCAUCUUGAUUCUGAUAUUUCUGAUUAUGAAGGAGUUAAAAAAGAUUUGGAUUUUGAGUUUAUAAUCAGAAAAGAUGAAAAGCAGAUGGUGGGUUUGGAUCAUCAUAAUGUGAAAUCAGUGUUCUUUAAUGACAAAAUGGUGGGUUCGGAUGAGAUUUUGGGUUCAUUGUCAGUGUGUGGAAAAGAAAAGAACCUCAAGAAUCUUGUUCUUGAAUUUGCUGAGAAAGAAAACAAUGGUUUUGGUUCAGGGUCGAGAUCAUGUUGUAGUAAAGGGGUUGAAGCUUUUGAGUUUAUAAUCAAAAGAAAAGAUGUCAUGAGAGCACAUCAUCUUGAACUGGAGGCUAUUGGCCUGAAGAAAGAGGUUGCAACCCGUGGCAUUCCAUUCUGGCAUGUGAAUCAUUUAAUUAAGAGGAGUUGGAGCAUGAAGAUAUGGAGGGCAUCAUUGAAUGGCAUGAUUGAAGAAGAUGAAGAUAUGGAUGUAGACCCUGAGGCUACUGCCAGUGAGAGUGACGAUGACAUGGAUUUUACUGACAGUGGAAAUGAAGGAGAAGGUGAUCCUGGGGAUGAAGGAGGAGUUGACGGUCAGAGCAAAAAGGUAGCAGUUAUUAGGCUAUAUCAGGAAGAAGAAUACAUCUGUGGGGAACUAAAGAUCAAUGACUACCAUAACGCACAUCAGUUGGAAGAGUCAGUUUACAAUCUUGUUCUGGAAACAAGGGCAAUAUUUCGCGAGCGAUACCACACGCCAUUGACCACUGAGUAUAUCCUGAGGUAUCGAAGAGAGAAUAGUCCACAAAAUUGGACAGACCUUGCUAUAUUCGAAAUGGAUUGGGAGGAAGUUGCUGCGUGCCUAUUUGUUGUUAAUGCCAUAGAUAACACUGAAGAUCAUUUAGACCAUUACUAUGUACCAGUGUUUAGGAGGUCAGUUGACGGAGCAUCCCAAAAAAUUGGGCAUUUGUACCCUUGCGACUAUAGGGAUGCAGAGGAGUUGGAGCGUGCCAGUAAACAUGUCCUCAUCAAACAUGGUGUUUUAGACAUAAUGGAGUACAGUUUCCAGUAUUAUGGAGAAGGGAAUGAAGAACUCCACAUGUUUGAAUUGGAUUGGCAGCAGGUUCUUGAACUUGACCUCCUAUUACGUGUGUACGCCAUACAUAACGUUCCAAAGGAAGGAGAUGGAGAUGAUGGUGUGUAGUGCUUAUGGUAAGCUAGUGCCAUCUCUAAUCAUCCUGUGGUGUGAAGGACUUUUGUUUCAUUGAAAUGCCUCAUGUGGAGGAAUUAAAAUACAUGUAAAGUGAUGUACU